CGGUCGGGAGGGGGAGGUUCCCCGGGCGCAUGGGGCGGCCGCAGCGCCAGUGAAGGCGGGGGAGGCAGGAGGCCGGCCGGGCGGGGGAGCUUCCUCCUCGCAGCGAGUCUCCGUACGCAGAGAGCGUCCGGAUCCCUCCUCCCCCCUUCGCUGCCCGGUCCGGCGGCCCCGGGAGGAGCAGGGGGCUCGAGUCCUUCCCCGCCGGAGCGGCUGAGAAGCAGAAGCAACCAUGGGGUGCAUUAAAAGCAAAGAGGACAAAGGUCCAACAAUGAAAUAUAGAACUGAUAACCCUCCAGAACUUGUUAGUUCCCACAUCAGCCAUCAUGGAUCAGAUUCUCUCCAAGCAACACAGUCGCCUGCAAUAAAGGGACCAUCAGUUAACUUUAACAGUCAUUCCAUGACUCCAUUUGGAGGACCUUCGGGGAUGACCCCCUUUGGAGGAGCCUCUUCCUCGUUUUCAGCUGUGCCCAGUCCAUAUCCUAAUAGUUUAACAGGUGGUGUAACUGUUUUUGUGGCCUUAUAUGAUUAUGAAGCUAGAACUACAGAUGAUCUUUCGUUUAAGAAGGGCGAACGGUUCCAGAUAAUAAACAACACGGAAGGAGACUGGUGGGAAGCAAGAUCCAUUGCUACAGGAAAGACUGGUUACAUCCCGAGCAAUUAUGUAGCUCCUGCGGACUCCAUUCAGGCAGAAGAAUGGUAUUUUGGUAAGAUGGGCAGAAAAGAUGCAGAGAGAUUACUUUUAAAUCCUGGGAACCAACGUGGUAUUUUUUUAGUACGAGAGAGUGAAACCACUAAAGGUGCUUAUUCCCUUUCUAUCCGUGACUGGGAUGAGGUCAGAGGCGAUAAUGUAAAACACUACAAAAUCAGAAAACUUGACAGUGGUGGAUACUAUAUCACAACUAGAGCACAAUUUGAUUCUCUACAGAAGUUGGUUAAACACUAUACAGAACAUGCUGAUGGCCUGUGUCAUAAACUAACGACUGUGUGUCCAACUGUGAAACCCCAGACCCAGGGACUAUCAAAAGAUGCCUGGGAAAUACCUAGAGAGUCUUUGCGGCUAGAAGUUAAGCUGGGCCAAGGAUGCUUUGGGGAAGUAUGGAUGGGAACGUGGAAUGGAACCACAAAAGUAGCAAUCAAAACACUAAAACCUGGUACAAUGAUGCCAGAAGCUUUCCUGCAAGAGGCUCAGAUCAUGAAGAAAUUACGACAUGAUAAACUUGUUCCGCUAUAUGCUGUUGUUUCUGAGGAGCCAAUCUUCAUAGUCACUGAAUUCAUGACAAAAGGUAGCUUACUAGACUUCCUUAAAGAAGGAGAAGGGAAAUGCUUAAAACUUCCACAGUUAGUUGACAUGGCUGCUCAGAUUGCUGAUGGCAUGGCGUACAUUGAAAGAAUGAACUACAUCCACAGAGACCUUCGGGCAGCUAACAUUCUUGUAGGAGAUAAUCUUGUGUGUAAAAUUGCAGAUUUUGGUUUAGCAAGGUUAAUAGAAGACAAUGAGUACACUGCCAGACAAGGAGCCAAAUUUCCAAUUAAAUGGACAGCUCCUGAGGCAGCAUUAUAUGGUCGGUUUACAAUCAAAUCUGAUGUGUGGUCUUUUGGAAUUUUGCUGACAGAACUGGUAACAAAGGGUAGAGUGCCAUAUCCAGGGAUGGUGAAUCGUGAAGUUCUGGAACAAGUAGAACGUGGGUAUAGGAUGCCUUGCCCACAGGGCUGUCCAGAGUCUCUCCAUGAAUUAAUGAAACUGUGUUGGAAGAAGGACCCUGAUGAAAGACCAACAUUUGAAUAUAUUCAGUCUUUCUUGGAAGACUACUUCACUGCUACAGAACCACAGUACCAGCCUGGAGACAAUUUAUAAGCCAACAACCUACAUAACAUGCACAAAUCUGCCAAAUGUAAAGGACUUUCGAAGGGUUCCUUGCUUCUUUAAAGGAAUCAAAGGAAAGAAAAUCUUCACUCUGCAUGCUUUUAAUGGCAAACUGGAAUUCCAUACUACAGUUGCACAAAACCACUUUUAAACUGUUAUACCCUAAUUUACCAAUGAUGUGAUUUUCCCCCCCCGCCAACCCCCCAACUGAUUUCAGGGUCCAAAAGGAGUUUGCUGAAAUUACUCAGUGGUAAAGUGAGUGUUGGCCUGACCAUUACUAGGAAAAAAAAAAAAAACCCUAACAUUUAAUAAUACAUUCUGUUAAAGGGAGAAUUGUCUUAAAUUACAUGCGAGCUUGGGGUGGAAAACAUUUUAAACAAAGGAACUUUAUGGGACCAAACAAUUCCAUUCCAGUUCUAUAAAAUUUCCUGUGUUCAGAAUUAGAUGGACUUUUCCCUUAAAGAUGGUACAGCCAUAUCUGAGAUACUGAUAGUAAUCUUCAGUUUAAGCUUCCUCUUGCAUGGACUUAAUUAGGAUAGACAAGGUUAAAACAGAAAUUUAAACAGUGUAUGACAAACUUGAUUAAAUGCUAGACCUCAGUAGUGGAAUUGGAGAGCAUAAUGCACUGUGUUCAUAUUUGUAUUAAUGUAACUGGAAAGUAGCAUGAGAGAUUUUUCAUUUUUAUUUUUUUCUGCAUAGUUAAGAAUAAUGAAGAUAACUAUAAAAUGAGGUAAUAUUUUAUAAAGUUGUGUUGAUAAAAUAUGAUAAAGUUUGAACUUGAAACCAUACAGUACAAUCAGAGGGACAAUUCUCUAAUCUUUUAAGUUCCAGUCCUACAAUGAGCUCUGUGUGGGAAGACUACCUAAACAAAGCUCAUUGCAAGAUCAAGAUCUUAGCUGGUAAAUGGUCACCUUUAGACAGUACACAUUAAAACACAGAUUUGGUACUGUGAGAUGUGGCUAGUAUGUAUUAACAGUGAUGGGUGCCACAAAUGUAAAACGACACUAGUUCAGGGAUUUGAUUGCACUUUUGCUUUUCUUGACUAUAAAGACUCUUACACACACAAUUAUUUAAGUGAGAAUAAAUAGGAGAAGAAAAUGUGAAGGCCUAAAAAUUAGAGGGAUAAAGUAUAUUUAAUAUUGACAUAAUACAGUGAUGACAAACCUUUGCUGGCAUUCAGCUCAGCUCACACUACAUCUACGAUAUUUUCUUCAACUACUGAUAUAUUAAGCAAUAACUUCAUGUCCUCUGUUCAUCUGGUGGCAUGAAGUUUGGAUUUUCAAAUUAAGCUAACAUACUUUAAUUAUUAAACUAAAUAGUUUUCUCUAGUAUCAUGAUGAUGAUCAUACUAUCCGUGUAGCACUAUCUGACAAAUGAAUUUCAUGCAUGUGGGCAAUAUAGUUCUGGUACUAAAAAUUGUUUUUCACAUGUUUACACUACGUUCUUCAUACUAAAUCUCUCCACUAAAUGGAACUUUGUAAGAACAGUGCCAUCAUUUUGAUUUUCCCUUAUCUUCUAUACAUGUGUGAUUAUCAAAUUUUAAAAGGGCUUUAUGUAAAAAACCAAGAACACUAUAUGGAAUUGUAAUUUUUUUCUAAAUAUUUUAAAAUGGGUAACAUGAUCGUACAAGUUUAUGUAUUAAUACAGUUACAAUAAAAAUGCCAGAAAAUGGUGCUGGCAUUAAUUGGAUUUUAAUGACUGAAUGGAACAGUUCCUUGUAAUAACAUUUGUAUAGUAAAGAAAUAAAACACUAACUUAAUGAGUUUGUUCAUUGUAAAUGGUUGUGUAUUAUAGAACUCCUCCAGAAAGAGCUUCUGUAUGUAUAUGAAAUUUUUAUUUUUAAUCAUCUUUCACCUCAAGACAUUGAUAUGGAUCUUACCCUAACACAAAGUUCAAAUUCACGUUUUUUAUAUAAUCGUAAUAAGUUUAAUUAUGUAAUUAAGUAUUUUUAUAAAGUAUGGCAUUGUGGAAUUCUUUUGCAGAAUUGGUUUAAAAUAAAUUUCUCCCUCAUUGCACCUGAUUUAUUUAAAAAAAGAUAAAAUAGUUUGGUUUCAAAACUACUUCAUCUGCUUGCUGCUUUUUGGAGGAAAAUUUUUUGAAGCUGCAGAGACUUGAGUUCUGAUCCUCCCUUCCCCCCCCCGCCCCCCCGUUGAAGCUAUUUUUAAUAUACUUUUUGAGAGAUUUGAAUUGUGGUGUGUUUAAAUCUAUUGUGAAAGUGAAGAUUUUUCUAGAGCACUUCAGAACUUCUUAGUAGUGAUCAUUUAGAACAAAUCCUAUCUAAUCUUACAACUCUGGCCCCAUACAAGGAACAGGUAUUAUGUGAAUUCCCAUAAGAGAAAUUCCAAAGUAAACAAAAUCCUCUAGUUGGGCAUCACCUUACUACAGACAAGCAUUUUUUGGCUCUCUUGUACCUUAUCUGUUGUCAACAGCCAUUAUUGAUUUCUGUGUAAUUGUUCUUGGAAGUCAUAAAUCCGCUCUUGUGAUAGACAUAACCGUGUUCCUAAAGUUAAGAAACACUGUCACUAUGACCACUGUCAUUCAGUGGGCACUGGCAGCCAAUCCCAAAUUCCCAACUGCAGAGGAGGGCCACUGUAUAUUAAGACUGUACUACUCAAAAUGUUUUCUAAGCUACAUCAAACAAUUCUAAUAUAAAAUUACAAAACAAAAGAUUCUUUCUACACAAGUUAUAAGCUGCGAAGUUUACCAUAUUUUUAGUAUUUCCUGUAGUGUAUCAAUGUUUAUUUUUUAUUAUUGAUUUUUAAAUGGGAACAAUUAUGUAAUAUUUCUGGUAAAAAUUGUACUCAAAUCAUUGUUCAUCAGUUUUGUCAUAUACUUCUUUUGUGGAAGACUUUCAAACUGUUUCUAUCAUGCAGUGUUCUCAAGCUUUAGUAUUUUUAUAUUACUUUUGAGUAAUUAAAGUUCCAAAAGUACAAACGUUGUGUAUGUGCCUACUCUUUAGAGAAAAUAAGUAGCUACUUUAGCAUAGUUAUAAAAAGGGCCUUGUAUAUUCCUGAGUCUUGCAGCUAUGGAAUUGUACCCCUCAUAUAGUAUUGUGCCAUAGUGGUUUUUUUUCUUGUUUGUAGCUCUCAUGGGUUGUGAAGAGGACCUCGAAAAGGUAAACAAAACAUAAA